AAAUCUUAUUCAUGAUAUAUGUUUAUGCACUUAUACCACAUGAAUACUGGGUAAAUGUUACAGUUUUAUUAUUAUCCGAUACAUUUGAAUUCAAAGUAAUAUGUGUUCAUCCUUCAAAAGAAGCCAGCUACUGACAUACAUUAUGUAUUUAAAUAUCAUUUUUGUCGAAUUUACAUUUCCCGUUAGUGAUUAGGCCAGUCGACAACAAAGUACUAUCGUACUAACUUUAUCCGUAAAAAUCACAGUGGCUAUCAAUUGUAUAGAAAAUAAUUCUAAUACUUUAAAUAACCAAUAUGUAUAGUAGUAAGAUUAACUUUAUAUUAUAACAUGUUUAUACAACAGUUGGUCAUGUGUAGCGAUACGGUGUUUCAUGCGUGAAAAUGUCAAUCCUGUUAGAAGUCAUUUUUUGUAUUUCUGAUAUUUGUUUUAUUAAAUGAAAUAUGGAUACAGGAAAAGAACGUGUAAAUACAGUGUAUAUUCGAAACAAGAUGUCAGAUGACUACUUUGGUCAUGAACAAGGAGUUAGAGAUUUCGUAUUCUGGUACACGUAUAUUUUCUUUGCUCUUGUGGUGAUUUUCUUUGCAGUAACAAAUCGAUUAAUCAAACAUUAUGGAACACCGAAGUCAUCAUCAUCUUCAGUGUAUGAUUCGUGGUUAUGGAGAAACCUAUCUGUGUCGUUACUACAUGGAUUGUUGGUUGGUAUUUGGAGUAUCAUGAGCUUUUUUGGCCAUUUAGAAGAUAAUCCAACAAUAUAUGAAGAUCCGCUGUACUAUUUUAAUACCUCUUCGUAUUUAAUGAUGAUAGCUUCAACUGCGUAUUUCUUCUACGACGCAAUGGAUAUUGUAAUAAGUAGGGUUAUAAAGAAGAACGUAGAAAUAAUUAUACACCAUUUUGUUAUUUUAUUUUCAUUUGGAUAUUACUGGCACGCCAAGGUUGGAAUCGGAUAUGCCCAUUUGAGUUUACUGGCUGAAUUCAGUAGCUUCUUACUACACGCUAGGAAACUAACGAGGAUUAUUGGCUAUUCAUCCGAUUCAUUACAAUAUCAUAUAUUUUCAAUUGUAAAUCUGGUCUCUUUUUUCAUUUUACGAUUAAUUCCUCUUUCUUUUGUUGUGUCAAAUAUUUAUCCUGAAUAUUUCUUAAUGCGGGUACAUUUAUUUUAUUUUACUACUUUAUCUAUAUCGGCGACAAUUAUAUGGGUUAUAAAUAUUGGUUUCUUUUUUAAAUUAAUACGAACUGACUUUAUACGCAUGAAACAUAAGAGGAAAUGAUAAAUGAAGAAUCAAAGUAUAUAGGUGUGUUUAUAUGAGUAUUUUGCAUACUGUUUUUUUUUAUACGAAAAUAUUUUUGUAUUCUGCAUUUUUUUUAACAUUUAUAUUUACAAAUCCUAUGUUUACAUUAAACCAUGAUUAUAUAA